AUAUGGCAGCUGGGAGACGAUUUACUGAUAAUGUGCCAAUGAAGAGGGUAAAAUGAGUGUAAAUAGCAUUACUCAAACCGAGUAAAAAGAAGGUUCUCCCAACAUGUGUAUGGAAGCAUUUUUAGGUCGACAUAGAAUCAUCUAGGGAUUUCUGUUCUGAAAUGGAAUUCUGUAGAGGCUGGUUAUUGAUCUGUGGUAAUUCUCCGUACACUGAAAUAAAAUAUAACCCAACAGCACCUGCACCUUAUACAACAACACAAGAGUCAACCAACGGAGUUGACACAUUCAAUAAUAUCUGCAUUUCAAUAUGCUAUCUUGUGUGAAAAUCUCAUAAUCAAGAAUUCAUAUUUCAACUCAGAUGCUUUCUUUGUCAAUUCAUUAUGCUUAACGCCUUAACCAAUAGGAUUCAAACUUAUGUCUUUAACCAGUUCUAGAACUACGGCCGGAGAUACAUUCAUAAUGUUUUCUUAGGACGUCCUCAGAUAACACCUUAAUGUAAUGAAGCCCAUGUUUUGUGUUCGAAUAAUUCAGAAUGCUGCUUAUAAAUUGGAUUACCAUCAAGUUUCUAGACAACCACUACUUACCAGAAUUAAGAUUUACAAAACUGAGAGUAUGGGGAUUUACAGGUUCAUUUCAGCUGCGUUUUCCUUGUUAUGUUUUCACUCUUGCCUUUGUUUGACCCUGAGUGGAAAUGAGACGGAUCGACUGGCCUUGCUUGAAAUCAAGGCCAGGAUAACUGGUGAUCCAUUUGGAGCCCUUACUUCAUGGAAUGAUUCCGUCCACUUUUGCCAGUGGCGUGGAGUUACUUGUGGUCUACGACACCAAAGGGUCACGAGGUUGGACCUGCAGUCCUUGCAACUUACAGGCUCCAUAUCACCACAUGUUGGAAAUUUGAGUUUUGUGAGACUGCUGUAUCUUCUAAACAACAGCUUCAGACAUGAAAUCCCUCCAGAAAUUGGCCGCCUGCGCAAGUUGCAAGAUUUGCAGCUGCAGAACAAUUCAAUAAGUGGUGAAAUUCCGUCUAACUUAUCUGGUUGCUCUCAACUUGUUACAAUUCGUCUUGGUUACAAUUUUCUGGUAGGAAGAAUUCCUGAGGAGCUCGGCACCUUGUCCAAGCUACAAACACUUGUAGUUCCACACAAUAAUCUUACAGGAACUCUCCCUAACUCUUUUAGCAACUUAUCUUCUGUUGAAAAGCUCUAUGUAUCUUCGAAUAAUCUGAAGGGAAGUAUUCCAGAUAUUUUUGGUCAACUGACCAAUCUUAGUUUCCUUGCACUCGAAGACAAUAGCUUGUCUGGUAUCAUCCCUCCCUCGAUCUUUAAUCUCUCCUUCCUCACAGUCUUUUCUGUCAUUAUAAACCAACUCCAAGGGACUCUGCCCUCAGACCUAGGUGUUGCUCUUCCAAAUCUCGAAUUUUUUGGUAUUGAUUACAACCAAAUUAGUGGACCUAUUCCCGUUUCAAUUUCUAAUCUCUCAAAUCUAGCUUCCCUUCAACUGAUUGCAAACCAACUAUCUGGAAAAGUUCCUUCUUUGAAAAAUUUACAUAAACUUGAGAGAUUAAAUUUCGGGGGCAAUAACCAUCUUGGAAGUGGGGGAAUUGGUGACUUGGGCUUUCUCUGUGAUUUGACUAAUGCCACUCUUUUAGAUGAACUGUUUAUUAGUGAAAACAAUUUUGGGGGUAUAUUACCUCAAUGCAUUGCUAACUUAUCUUCUCAUCUGGAAUACGUCUAUGUCAAUAUCAAUAAAAUAACAGGAAGCAUUCCAAUUGGGAUUGGAAAUCUGGUUAACUUGCAAGGCCUAUUUCUUUCAGCAAACCAAUUUUCAGGUCAAAUUCCCUCUGAAACUGGGAAGCUUCAGAAGUUGGUUGAAUUAAACUUAUCUAUGAACUCUUUCUCUGGGAAUAUUCCUUCCACUUUUGGAAAUUUAAGUUACCUAUCUAAAUUGGAUUUAGAUGGAAAUAAGCUUCAUGGCAGUAUCCCCUCAUCUCUAGCAGAGUGUCAUGAUUUGACAUCCUUGUUUCUUGGUCAGAACAAUCUAAGCGGUACAAUUUCCCUAGAAGUCAUUGGUCUGUCCUCCUAUAUUGAGUUUGAUUUAUCUCAAAAUCAUUUCACUGGUUCCCUUCCACAGAAAAUAGGAAAUUUGAUAAAUCUGGAGUACUUAGAUGUUUCUGGAAACAUGUUAUUUGGUGAAAUUCCGGCAAGUCUUGGUAGCUGUAUAGAAGUAGAAUACCUAUACAUGCAAGGAAACUUCUUCCAAGGGACAAUUCCAUCAUCUUUGGGUUCUCUGAGGGGUCUUAAAGAGGUACAUAUUUCUAACAACAACUUGUCAGGCCUCAUUCCAGAAUUCUUGGAGCAUUUUGAAUUCCUGCAAUCAUUGGAUUUAUCUUAUAACAAUUUGGAAGGCAUGGUACCAGUCAAAGGAGUUUUUCAGAAUGCAACAGCCACAUCAGUCAAAGGAAAUAAUAAGCUUUGUGGGGGCAUAACUGAGUUUCAAUUGCCGAAAUGCGAAUUUGGACAUCCCAAGAAGAGAGGAUUAAGCCGAACCUUGAAGCUGAUAAUCUGUCUCGUUUGUGGGCUUCUUGGAGUCUCCUGCGCUCUGUCAUUUUGGUACCUUCUUUGCUCAAGGAGGAAAAUAGUGAAGCACACUGCAAGCGAUUCAGAAAAUUUUCUUAAGGUGUCUUACCAAAAUCUUCUAAAAGCUACUGAUGGAUUCUCUGCUGCUAACUUGCUAGGCAUGGGCAGUUUUGGAUCAGUUUAUAAAGGAGUUCUUGAACAAGGUCAAACAACUGUUGCUGUCAAAGUACUUAACCUAUUUCAUCCUGGAGCUUCCAAAAGUUUCUCUGCUGAGUGUGAGGCAUUGAGAAACAUUAGACACCGUAAUCUUUUGAAGGUACUCUCUGUGUGUUCAGGUUCUGAUUUUGAAGGUUGGGAUUUUAAGGCCUUAAUCUAUGAGUUCAUGGUUAAUGGGAGCUUGGAGGAAUGGUUGCAUCCAACUCAGACAGUUUCUGAGACAAUUGAGAGACCAAGAAGCUUGAGUUUUUCUCAAAGGUUGGCCAUAUCAAGUGAUGUUUCUUUGGCAUUGGAUUAUCUCCAUCAUCAUUGUGAGACAAUGAUAGUUCACUGUGACCUCAAGCCGAGCAAUAUCCUUCUCAAUGAUGAGAUGGUUGCACAUGUUGGUGAUUUUGGGAUGGUAAGGUUCCUUCCUAGAACUUCUGGUAAUCAAUCUAGCUUGCUUGGAGUAAAAGGAACUGUUGGUUAUGCUCCUCCAGAAUAUGGUAUGGGACAUGAAGUUUGGACGCAAGGUGGUGUGUACAGUUAUGGCAUUCUCCUACUGGAAAUGUUCACGGGAAAAAGGCCAACAGAUGACAUGUUUCAAGGAACUUCAAACCUUCAUAACUUUGUGAAGGUAGCUCUGGCUGAGGAUGUUAUUGAGAUUGUGGAUCCUGUUCUUGUUCAUGAAAAAGCGGAAGGGGAGAUCAUUGCGGACAAAUGUCUUAAUGAGGAUAGCACAAGGCCUCACAUUAAAAUAGAAGAAAGCUUGAUUUCAAUCCUAGAAAUUGCAUGGUAGCUGGGAUUUCAUAUCUUAUAGGUAGAUGUCAGGUCUUGGAUCAGGCGGCAGAUAUAGUGGCUUCUUCUUUUCAUGGAUGGUUGAACUUUGGGAGUAUGGUGGGUGAUGCUGCUUUGGUGUUUGCAGAUAUGUCGUAAUGGCUUUCCAAGCAAAAUUUGUAAUAGGUAACAUUUGGUUUUUGAAAGAUACAAAUUCCCUGUCCCCUGCAUAGUAGGUAGACAAUAUGUUUGUAUGUGUGUUUAUAGUUGAGUGUCUGUGGAUCUUUGAGAUUACUCACAAUCAAUAUUAGGAGUAAUAUAUCUGCAUAAAAAUAAAAAAAAUUUGUUUGUAUUAUUUCAUAUUUA